AUGAGUCCGGAACCUCACGCUGAUGACCGCAAAGCUCUCAAGCAGUGUUCAAAAAAGAUGAACGCCGAGAGACUAAGAUACCUACGAACACAAAGUGAAUAUUUCCCUCUCACUGACAGUCUCAUCGUCCCCAAGAGUCGUGUUGCUCGCGCUUUGGAUACUUGUGUCAGCAAUCUCAAGAAUACAGGGAAGCAACUCAAACUCAGAAGGUCUCGCUCCUUCGAGACUGAGAGCAGAAUCCCGUCUCGCGACGUUACGCAUCCCGCAUCUGAUCUACUCGCAGUGCCAAACCUGAAGGAUCUGCCUGAGAAGAAGGAUCUUGAUAGAGCAUCCCCAAAGGAAAGUUCUUUCAGAAGAAAGUUCAGCAGAACGAUGACUGGUGACUCUGUCAAGAAAGCCAGCAGCAUGGACAGAAAGAGCUGGCAAACCCAGUCCUCCUCCGCAGGCAGUGGAGGAAAGACUCGCUCUGUCCGCUCUGCCUCGGUCACGGCGACUGAUAAAGAUCCGGCUGGAGGAGAUACCGCAGCACCUAUUGAAGGAGACCUUGCGAAGCUCAAGAUUUCUGAGGGCCUGAAGAGAGAGGGAAAGCCUGCUGCUAUCAAUACCGCGCAGCCAAAGGUCGUCAAGUGCCUCAGAUCGCCUGGUGAUUAUGUGUUCCUUGAUCUGGAGACCCCCGGAGAGAAGAGCAACGCGAACAGCGACUCCAGCCCAGGUCUUUCCCCCAAGGCCAAAGCUACCGAAGGCGAAUCUGGUGAGGACCAAUCUGGCGACGAAUCUGGCGAAGCUGCGAAGGACCAGGACCCGAGAAGCAUUCUCGAAAAAAGACUCGAUGCAAUCCGCCACAUCGUGAAGAACAUAUUCCAGGGACAGUCGGACGAGGAUACCAAGUCUGGAAAGGCUCCGCAGGAUGCCAAAGGAUGGGACACAAAGAACAUGAAGUGCAUCAAGUGCUUCGGAGACUGCCCAGUCUGCGGCAAAGCAUGCUGCAUCUUCGACAUUGCUCGCCGCACCGCUGCCGAGGCAAAUUCCACCCCUGAACAUGCCGAAGCCGCAAAGCAGAUUCUUAAGCUCAUCCAGAGUCUGGGCAACAGCGUCUUGGAGGCGAGCACCUACUCCCUGUGCACCACGCCCGGAGGCUGCGGACGUGCAAGGACUGCAAGGAAGAUCCCUGGGCUGCGUGCGACUGGCACGAUUACUGAUGUUCUCAUUGAGACUACUCGGUGCAAAGCCACUCUGAUAAUGCAGAUUCAAUUGCAAGGGAAAUCUCACGAACAGCUCGCCGCAGCGACCGAUUCGACUUUACCACCCAACGCCAACCAACAAAACCUCGUCUCGACCGGCUGCGCAUCUCCAACAUUCAAGAUGCGUACCUACGACGAUUCUUUCAGCGGUCAGAAGAUCUACCCUGGAAAGGGUAAGCUGUACGUCCGUGGCGACAGCAAGAUCUUCCGCUUCCAGAAUGGAAAGUCCGAAUCCCUGUUCCUCCAGCGCAAGAACCCUCGCCGGAUAGCCUGGACUGUCCUCUACCGCCGUCAGCACAAGAAGGGUAUCUCUGAAGAAGUUGCCAAGAAGCGCACCCGCCGUGUCGUCAAGCACCAGCGUGCCAUCGUCGGUGCCUCCCUUGAUGUGAUCAAGGAGCGCCGCAGCAUGCGCCCUGAGGCUCGUGCCGCCGCCCGCCAGCAGGCUAUCAAGGAGGCCAAGGAGAAGAAGGCCGCUUCCGAGAGCCGCAAGAAGGCUGAGAAGGCCAAGAGCGCCGCCACCGCCGCCAAGGGCACUGCUCAGCGCAUCCAGAGCAAGCAGGGUGCUAAGGGUUCUGCUCCCAAGGUCGCCGCCAAGUCUCGUUAA